GUCCUGGGUGUGCCCGCCUGCUUGCUUUGCUGCACAGAGCAGUUGCAUCGCCCUCGCCGAGAGGGCGUCGGCAUCCAUUGGCAUGCUGCUGCUGCUGUGUGAUGAUGAGUCGAGCUGCAUUACGCAACCCCCUUACUGGGCCCUCGGUCUCACCGCCAGCCGUCGAGGACCUGAUGGCCAUCAUAUCACCGCCACGGCCCCUGACAUCUCGGGACCACUUGGGCUUGUUCACGCGCGUCGUCCUUCCUGUCAUGGACAGGUCCCUGGUGGCACCAAGCGAUGGGAGCACACAUACCAGACAAGGUUCAACCGCCGUUGGCCACCCCCAGUGGGGGGUGCUGGGUGUGUGGUUGUGCGUGUUUGCGUGUGUGUGUGUGUGUGGCAACGCAACUGCUUUUUGGCGCGGUCGACUAUACCAAGCACUAGUUUGCAAGCUACAUGCCACGCCAGAGGUUGUCAUCUCCGGCCUCUCUGAUGUCAAAGUCUGGGCCGGCGUGGACAAGUACGUGUGCCCGAUAUGUAUUUGAUAUGCUCUCUGGGGCAGAUUUACAACGGCCGCCCCUGAGAAAUUGCCACCGGCCCCCUGGCGAGCUUCGAGUUUGCUUUAUUCUUUAUUCGCACACACCGUACAAAAAGUCCCCGACUGAGCGGUGAAUGACUCAUAGCUUGUAUGCUCCCAGCCAGAGUACAAGGCGUUUAGAUGGAUGGCUUCGAGGCGGGCGAGAUGCUGGGCACGUUCCUGGUGGGUGAGUGGCACAAGCCACGGGUUUUGGUACUUGCCCCUGAAUAGUUCCCAGAUCUUCUGUAGACUGUGCUGUCACGGAAAGACCAAGUGGGCAGGUCUUGGUACUGUUGAGUGCAGAAAAGGGGGUGGGACGGUUGUUGGAAACGACAUUGGAGCCUGUCUAUCUGACAUCUUCCACUGGUGUCAAAGGUUGAGAGGCCAUCUGGUGGAUGUGAAGGGAGGCAGAACAGUAGGAAUCCACGCUUGCUUUUCACCUGUUCCUAUGCUGAGUGCUUUGCCUUCUGGUCUCGGUAACCGUCUUGCGGAAGACGAGGUGCCAGUGCUGUCCAUACAUACGCUG